AUGGACAUUUUCCAGCGGAGUUGGAGCGUCUUGUCAGACUCAGCGCUGUUGUUGACUAUAUACGAACCUAAACAGGAACUCCUGACCGCAGUUAGUUUACUCUGAGUAACUUCUUCUAAAGAGAGUGGAAUAUCUGGUGGUCAUGGAUGAAGAAUUCACUCCUCUAGACUGUCUGCUUGCUACAGGCAAGCAGAAAAUAUGUCUAAUUAUUCUCAACCAGCCUUUAGAAAAAGCCUACCUCAGAGCGCUCUGGAGCAAAGCUGUCCUGAGGGCCUGUGCAGAUGGAGCAGCUAACCACCUGUAUGACAUCACCGCCGGACAGCAAGAUAGUUUCCUUCCGGACUACAUCAGUGGGGACUUUGAUUCCAUCACUGCAGAAGUCAAAGCCUUCUAUGCGGAGAAGAAGUGCCAGUUGGUUGAGACUGCUGAUCAGGAUCUGACUGACUUCACUAAAUGUCUGGCCAUCAUGGUGGAGGAGAUCAAGAGAAGACAGCUUCAGGUGGACACUAUCGUGACCCUGGGUGGUUUGGCGGGGAGGUUCGACCAGACCAUGGCAUCGAUAGAGACUCUGUUCCACGCCCUCAGCAUGACGCCGCUGCCUCUACUGGUUCUGCAGGAGUGUAGCCUGGCCUACCUGCUACGACCGGGCAGCAUACAUAGGCUGGAUGUGAACACGGGGCUUGAAGGAGAUUGGUGCAGUCUAAUUCCUAUAGGAGGUCCGUGCCGAACACACACUACAGGACUCAAAUGGAACCUGGACAACCAGGUGUUGCAGUUCGGGGGCCUGGUGAGCACGUCCAACACCUACGAACCCGUAGCCCCGGGAGACCAGAGGAAAACUGUAACCGUGACAACGGACCAACCACUCCUCUGGAGCAUGGGCAUCUCCAGGGACAGGAAAUGACACCAAGGGAGCCAUGCCCUCUGCCAGAUGGGGGGGGGGGGGGGUACUUGAAUAUUGAGCUUUGACCACAACUGUCCUGAAUCUUCAGGCUCAUUCCAUAUUGGAAACUAAUUUCCAACCUCUUGAAGACUAAACAGCAUCUGAAGUAGGGAGUGGGGGAUAUUCAUACUCAAGUGUGCAAAGGAAGGUGCAAGCAGAGACAGCACAGAAAGCAAGACAUUCCACCUGAAACAGUCACAUACCUCAAGUGGCUCAGAGUUGCAUAGUACAUGUAGCAUACGUUAUACCAAGUAGGGUUAAAUGCAUGCUCACGGGCACAUUGACAGAUGUUUCACCUUGUCAGCAUAAGGGUUCACACCAGCCAUUUUUCAGUUGCUAACAACUCUGACCACAAUCGGUUACUACAAGCCUACGUUCAUACACAAAGACAUCGAAGCCCAUGCAGUUUGUCUUUAAUUUAUUCACACAGCGAAUUACAAAUAUUGCACACCGAGUAUGAAAAACAAUAUAGAAAUAAAAUGCACAUCCUUUCACUUGCCACCUCCCACCACCAUCCCUGAACUACCUAAGGUCACUGGGUAUUGUAGUUCUUGCACAUUCCAAAAGGUUCAGCCUCCCCUGAGAAAGACAAAAAUUCACAUCAACAGAGCCACAGAUUGAUUCAGCAGCAGGAAGUAGGAUUUGAAAGAGCCCAUUUCCUACAUUUUAUCAAACCAAAGAGCAGUAAAACAAUUUGAUAUAAUUGCAUGUUCAUAUUAAUUACAGCAUGCAUCAACACCUACAACAACAUCUAAUUACUGCAUAAUCAAGAUAUUGGCAUUAUGUAGACUGACAACAGUAGCAGUCCAUUAGAAAUAACCUAAACCUAGAAAAGCAAAUACAACUGGUUUCCACCAAUAAUGUACAUAUUAAAAGUACCAUUUCCAGUC